GCAUAUAUAUAUCGUAGUAGUUAAAGGUCUGCUGAUUUUCGGGGAUAAAUAUUUUCAAUUACAAAACACAUUUACCAUUUUUUGAUUAAUUCAAGACAAAAAUAUUGACCGUAAUAUGGACUUCGAGUCUUUCGAGGUGGUUCGUGACCAUCAUGAGGAAACUACCACUACUCCUCCUGAAAGUGUGACUACAUCCGCCAUCAACGACUUGACUAAAAUGUAUGACAAUGAAGAAGCCGAACCUUUCAAGGAUUCUGACGAGAUUCCACCACCAAGAAUUGAAAUUGAAAUUAAAGAUGACGAUGGUCAACAACCAUCAUCAAACGUCCCAGAAGAAAUUGACCAAAGUUCAAAUCUCACAAAUGAACAAAAUGACUCUGACAACGACGACAUGAUGCGCACGCUCAAAUCUACAAUCAAUCAACAGACUUCAUUAGCUUCAAUGCUCCGUGAUCGCACCACACUGACCAACACUCACCUCACCAACCUCACUUCACUCCUGUCUUCUACCAUCGCUAAACCACCACCCACACCCCCUACUAUCCCAACCACCCCUAUGAUAACCCCACGCGUCCUCAUCACUGCCACCCUGCUCGCCUUCUUUCUCGCCUUUUCCCUCUUUCUCAUCCACACCUUUAUCUUCUCCCAAAUCAUCUCCAGCCAACAAUCUCACCAUCUCAACGUAACAAAUGCCGAUCGAGUCGAACGCCUCCACCACAUUGACGUACGCGACGAGCUGAGAGACGAACUGAUGCACAAGGCGUACGAGAGGGCACGCGUUAGCGAAGAAGAAAUCAAAUAUUGUCGCGCCGAGAUUCGCACCUCACAUCUCGAACUGACUAAAUGUUUCGAAAAGAGGAAAGAGUUGGAAGAAUUUUUGGGCGAAAUGCGAUCCAAAGGUGGCAACGUGAGAGGAAAGAUGGACGAGUUGAAAAAGAAGUUGAUCAUCGUACGACAGGAGAACGACAAGUUGAAAGGGUGCCUGAUUCUGGGAGGGAUUGCAGUCGCUACGUGGGCCGUUGUAAAGAUAUUUGGACCUAAUAACAAUAAGAUGUGAUUCUAUGGA